AUGGGUCUGCCGGCAAUCACAAUCUCCGGCAAUGCGUUCUUGAAAUCGGGGAGUCGAUGGCAAACCAAAGGAGUUGUCUAUGCGGGCUCCCAGCAUCAGACUGCCGCGAAUUCCGCAAUAGACCCGUUGGCCGACCCGAAACAAUGUGCGAUUGACGCAUCGGCGAUAAAAGACCUCGGCGCGAACACCAUUAGUGUCCUAUAUGUCGACCCAACGAAGAGCCACUCUGAGUGUAUGAAGAGCUUCGAUGAUAAUGGAAUCUACGUGUUGGUGACUCUGAACGGCCUUCAGGGCAUGUCAAAUCAAACUUGGAAUAUGAACAACUACAAACGCUUUGCGGCUGUUGUUGACAGUUUUGCGGGGUAUGAAAACCUUCUGGGUUUCUCAUUCGGCGAUCAGAUCAUCAAACAAUCCGGCGACAUCGGCGUGGCACCCUCCGUGAAGGCUGCAGUGCGAGACCUCAAAGCGUAUAUAGCUGCCAGGGAGUACCGCGCUAUCCCAGUUGGCUACUCUGGGACGGAUAUCCUAGAGGUCUGUUUACAGCUUGCGGAGUACAUGGUCUGCGGAGGAAACAGCAGUGAGGCCAUCGACUUCUGGGGCAUGGAUUUGUUUGAAUGGUGUGGUGAUGCUACCUAUUCGUCGAGUGGUUAUCAGGAAUUAGAAGGAAUGUUUAAAGGCCUGGGAAUCCCUUUGUUCCUCUCCCAGGACGGGUGCAACCUACCCUCGCCACGGAAAUUUACCGACCAGCCCGUCAUAUUCGGGCCUGAGAUGGAAGACGAGUGGAGCGGAGCAAUCAUUUACGAAUGGGGCCAAGACUCCAAUAGCUACGGGCUGGUAUCCUAUCCUUCGCAGACUGGCUCUUUGCCAUUGACCCCAUCGCCAUUGUCCGACUACAGCUAUCUCAAAAGCCAGUGGGCUUCUGUGACCACCAAUACCAACGCCCCGUCAACGUUUAGCACACCUGCCUGCCCUACGUCACAACAAUACUGGACCAUAGGCGCCAAUGCUGCACUCCCGACUAUUGCAGGCCUCAACAUUGCCACCGUGACACCAGCGAGCACCGCCUUUGCAUCUGCAUCUCCGAAAGCCAUUCCUGGGAACGGAGGCGCGUCUUCCGGGCUGUCCAACGGCGCAAAAAUUGGCGUCGGUGUGGGCGUUGGACUGGGAGCAGGUUUACUUCUGCUUGCACUAGCCGCGUGGCUCAUUUGGCGUCGACGAAAACGUGCCAACGGCAAUGACACGAGAGACACUGCCAUGGAACAAAUACAAACGAAUCCGUCGAGCAAUGGGCCGCCGAGACUGGAUAUCCCAGCAGUAUCCGUGCCAGAUGCCAGCAGCGAGGCGACUUGGCCGAGCGAUCUAGUCAACCGCGACAGAGGAGCAACCGAACUCGGAUCUUCCGAGAUCUUCGAAGCGAGCAACCAAUCCAACCGACAUAGAGGAGGGACAGAACUCCACUCUUCUGAAAUCUACGAGGCGAGCGCAGGGUUGGCAAGCCUGAGCCAGGAACUUUCAGCUCGCGCAGAGCGAUCCCCUAACCCUCUUGAUAAUAGCGGGAACGGAGACCAGUCUUCCUCCGCCGUGUCGACACUUCCGGACGCAAUUCCCGUCGCAGACCCGUCGUCUAAGUAUAAUGAGCUUGCAGAAGAAGCGGACAUUGCAGUCCAAGAACUGGGGUUGAUUGCUGUGCGCAAGAGAGCGUUAGCAUCCCAAGCAGCGACAGCGGGCGAGGCCCCCUAG